ACACAACCAAACCAUUCGUUCUUCUCUCCCAUAGAAAUAACAGUUUCGGAGGGAAAAUAAACAUACAUAAAAGGUCAAGUCCCAAAGCAAAGAACCUUUUUUUUCUCUCAGCACAGCACACUCACUUGCUCAGAGCAACAAAACACACACAAAAAUGUUCGCCGAAGAGAAUGGUCUCAGGGGAGACCCAAGACUUCAAGCUAUCUCCCAAGCCAUCAGAGUGGUGCCUCACUUCCCCAAACAAGGUAUAAUGUUCCAAGACAUAACGACAUUGUUGUUGGAUCACAAGGCGUUUAAAGACACGGUCGACAUUUUUGUCGAUCGUUACAGAGACAUGCACAUUUCCGUUGUUGCCGGAAUUGAGGCGAGGGGUUUCAUGUUUGGUCCCUCAAUUGCGUUGGGCAUUGGUGCAAAGUUUGUUCCUUUACGCAAACCUCGGAAGCUGCCAGGGGAAGUAAUUUCAGAAAAAUAUGCUCUAGAAUAUGGAACUGAUUGUUUAGAGUUGCAUGUUGGAGCUGUUCAGCAUGGUGAACGUGCCAUAAUUAUUGAUGACUUGGUGGCCACAGGUGGAACUCUGUCAGCAGGAAUAAAACUUCUAGAACGUGUUGGUGCUGAAGUAGUGGAAUGUGCCUGUGUGAUUGGCGUGCCUGAGGUCAAGGGACAGUGCAGGCUUAUCGGAAAGCCACUUUAUGUUCUUGUUGAGCCGCGUCAAGCAGAUAAAUGUUUUUGAGAUGUGAUGUUAAUUAUUCUUCGGCUGACAUACAAAAGGACGCUUCCUCUGCGAAACACAGGCCCAUAAUGUGAUCCUUAAGUUUUCGGCUGAUUAAGUCGUGUCAUGGCAA